AUGGAUGAAAAUUUUCGUCGAUUACAAAGCAAUGAAAAGCAUCAAAGCGACACUAUGGAACAGCCGCUUGAUUUAAGUUUAUCAAAUACAAAGAUGCCAUUUACAAUUGAAUAUUUAACAUCGAACAUCCCUCACCAAAAACGAAAACCUUUCUUUUCAAAUCAACAACUGCCAUUGACUCUAGUGGAAAACAAACCGUCGUAUUUUCAUUCGAAAUUAACCGAACAUGUCGUACCAAAUGCAUCCAGCCCAUCAGUAAGAACUGCUACUAGUGCAUUAGAAAUUGUCAAUGGUGGACAUGGGAUCAAGAAUCCUUUAUUCGAUUGUGCAACUGAAGCACUACAAAUUAAAUAUGCUAAUUCAGCAAAGCAUGAUGCUGAGUUCGUCUGUGGUCUGUGCACAAAAACAUUCAAGCUCCAACGUCUCCUCAAUCGACACUUGAAAAACCAUAGUCAAUUAAAACGAUAUCUGUGUACAUUUUGUGGCAAAGGAUUCAACGAUACGUUCGACUUGAAACGACAUACACGAACACAUACAGGUGUUCGUCCAUUCAAAUGUCAACAUUGUGAAAAAGCAUUUACACAACGUUGUAGUCUUGAAUCACAUCAACGUAAAGUUCAUGGAUUGAAUCAUACGUACGGUUAUAAAACUCGUCGAAAUAAGUUAUAUGUUUGUGAAGAUUGCGGACAUACAUCAACAGACCCAACGAAUCAUUAUGAACAUAUCAAAAUCUUUCAUCCAUAUUCGCCAUUAAUACAUCGUUAUUAUGAUAAAAGACAAUUCAAAUUCGACUCCAACUCAUCUUUAUCCAUGAAAAGUACAUCCGAUCGGUCGUUCUUAUCCGACGAUGAUCAUCAUCUUCAAUGA